AUCGCUCCCUGAUCGGCGCCGUAGCUCUCCACCAACAUUUCCCACCUCACGUCCUCCUUGUGCCCUCUUCCUGUUUCGUACAUUUACUCCUGCACACCCACAUCGCAAUCAUGCCCUUCGGCUUAAGCAAAAAGGACAAGGAGAAGGACGGCGAUCUCGAAGCCAAGAAGUCAUCCCUCUUUGGCGGGCGCUCCAAGGGCAAAUCGAGUUCGCCUGCUCCCGCUUCCAACAACCCCUACGCCGUCCCACCAGCUGGCAACGAUCCGUAUGCGAAGAGCGGCGGCAAUCCAUACGCCAACCAGAAUAACAAUGACCCAUACGCGAAGAGCGUGAACUCGACACAGCCGCCGACAAGUUCGUUCGGCAACCUCAGUCUCAGCAGCGAGCAGAGUGCACCACCUGCUUACGGAAACAGCGGCAACGGACCUGCACCCAAUCGCUACGACAAGAGUCCUGUGCCGCCUGGCGGAUAUGGAGGAGGCCCUCCGCAACAACGAUUUGGAGGAUCAGGCAACUCUUACGGACAAGUGGGAGGUUAUGGCAGCGAUCCAUAUGGCAAUGGACAACCCGCACAAUCGCGUUAUGGGUCUGGUGGUUACGGUGGGCUAGGCCGGACCAGGAGCAAUGAGACCAUGGAUACCCAGGCAGGCCGUGACGCACUCUUCGGCGAUGCUGCCAACAGAGCACAGAGCAGACCGGCGGACUCGACAGAGCCACAAGGCGGCGACAACAGCUACAACAACACAGGUGGAUAUGGCUCAAACGAUAUGCCUGACGGCUACGGGUCUGGACCUCCGCGUGAACUCACUGCGGAGGAACAAGAAGAGGAAGAUGUCAACGCGACGAAACAACAGAUUCGAUUCAUCAAGCAGCAGGAUGUGGCAUCCACUCGUAAUGCACGCCGCAUUGCUGAGCAAGCGGAGCAGACAGGUCGCGAGACUCUUGCCAGAUUGGGCGCACAAGGAGAGCGUAUCCAUAAUACGGAACGCAACCUGGACAUGGCUUCCAACCAGAAUCGUCUUGCAGAGGAGAAGGCUCGUGAGCUCAAGACACUGAACAGAAGCAUGUUUGCAGUUCACGUUGCAAAUCCGUUCACAGCCAAGAAGCGAGAAGAAGCAGCAAAUGCCAUUGCGCUGGAGAAGCAUCAAGCGGAGAGACGACAAGCCGAUGCCACGCGGUCGGAGGCAUACAGCACCCAGGCGAGACACCAGGCUCAGCAGCGAGAUUUGAAUGGCAACGUGGUCAGGACCAAUAACCAGAAGAGUCUUGCCGAUCGUGCCAAAUAUCAGUUUGAGGCUGACAGCGAGGACGACGAGAUGGAGAACGAGAUCGAAGACAACUUGGACGCCAUUCAUCGCGGUGCUCGAACGCUUAACCAGCUGGGCCAGGCCAUGGGCAACGAGAUUGACUCGCAGAACAAGCACAUCGAUCGUAUCAUUGGAAAGACGGAUAAGGUGGACGACCAGAUUGCUGUCAACAGAGCGCGUCUGGAUCGCAUCAGCAAGAAAGGAUAGAUUGGCAGUAGUGUGUUGAUCGUCAACUUGAGAGUAGCGGGCAUUCCUAUACCCCUUCAAGGCUGACAGUGGCACCACUUGAGGAUAAUAGAUAAAAUUGAACUAUUCAAGAUGUCAAAUAAGCACUUCCUGCUCAAUGCACAAUUUCUAUGCUGCAGCAUUCGAAAAUGCACAAAAUUGAAUCUUCACAUUGGGAGGAGCGGAGUGCUGUCCGCACCCUUGCACCCCGCUGCUACGU